AUGAAGUCUGGUUUAAUUCGAUCUUUUCCAUUAGAAACAGAUACAACAGUCAACGCAAGCUGGCAUGUUAGCACAUGGUUGCCACAAGUCUUCAAAGCUGUAUCUGAACGAAGAGAAACACGAGGUCUCAUCUUUCAUCACGAUAAUGUAAGACCGCGCCGAGCUUGUAUUACAAACGGUUUUUUCCUAGAAAAUCACGUAGAAGAGUAUCCAAAUCCACCAUAUUCCUCCAGAUUUAAGCCAUUGCGACUUCUUCUUAUUCCCCAAACUCAAGAAUCAGUUACGUGGAAUUCAGUUUAUCGACGACAACGAAAUAUGAACUGCUUCAGAACGAGUCAUUGGUAG